UCAAAAUGAUAGUGGUAGCAUAAUCUCCACCACUGGAAAUGCCUCAAAUGAAAACAUUUUGAUCAAAAACCAGAUCACUUCUCACAGCAUGCACUCAGCUGCAGCAUCACCCUUCUAUCAACUUGUCCCCUUCCAUCCAAAGUUCCAAACAUUCCAAUCAAAAACUCCAUUGACCACCCCUUACUGCACACCAAGACUGGCUUCCAUUUCUGGGUCUGCUAAGAUGAGGCCACUGAGAGCCUUGGGUGGUUCUUCUUCAUCAGCAGGAGGUGAUGGUGAUGAUGGUGAUGGAGUUGUCACAUUGAUUGAGUAUCUGGGUAAGGAAGGAAUUGAUUUGAAAGAUGAUUUGGUGGUGUUGCUUGAUCACAUACAGUAUGCUUGCAAGAGAAUUGCAGCUAUUGUAGCUUCUCCUUUCAGUUGCAGCAUUGGGAAGCAAACGGGUGUUGGUGCUGGGGGCGGUGGUGGUUCUUCUGGUAGGGAUGCUCCUAAGCCUCUUGAUAUUGUCUCGAAUGAAAUCAUCUUGUCAUCCCUCAAAAAAUCUGGAAAAGUUGCAGUCAUGGCUUCUGAAGAAAAUGAUGCACCAACUUGGAUAAUUGAUGAUGGUCCAUAUGUGGUCGUAACAGAUCCACUAGAUGGCUCUCGAAAUAUUGAUGCAUCCAUUCCAACCGGGACGAUUUUCGGUAUUUAUAAUCGCCUUGAGGAAUUAGACAAUCUACCCACAGAGGAGAAGGCUCAGCUGAAUUCACUCCAGAGUGGAAGUAAGCUGAUUGCAGCUGGCUAUGUUCUCUAUUCAUCUGCAACUAUACUCUGCGUCAGCUUUGGUUCUGGGACACAGGCAUUCACUCUCGAUCAUUCAACAGGAGACUUCAUUCUCACAAAUCCGAGCAUUAAAAUUCCUCCCCGUGGGCAAAUUUAUUCUGUAAACGAUGCGCGAUAUUUUGACUGGCCUGAAGGUUUGAGGCAAUACAUAGACACUGUGAGACAAGGAAAAGGUAGAUACCCCAAGAAGUACUCUGCCAGGUAUAUAUGUUCUCUGGUGGCUGAUCUCCACAGAACUUUGAUGUAUGGAGGUGUGGCAAUGAAUCCAAGGGACCAUCUUCGUCUUGUUUAUGAAGCAAACCCUCUUAGUUUCCUUGUAGAGCAGGCUGGGGGAAGAGGAUCUGAUGGCAAAAAUAGGAUUCUUUCCCUUCAACCAGUUAAACUGCACCAAAGACUUCCUCUCUUUCUAGGGAGUUUGGAAGACAUGGAAGAGUUGGAAAGUUAUGGAGAUGUACAACAAAAAGUGAAUCCGGGUUAUGAGGUUUGAUGAUGUAGCAUACAAAUUUGACUGUUCAGUCAUCACUGUGUCUAACUAAUUUGUUGAUAUAUAUUUUUGGUCUA